UGUAAAUGUUAGCGAUGACGGGGGUGUGUUGCGGUGUUGGAGAUAUCGGAUACAAAACCACCAUUCGGGCCGUGGGGGCGAGCUCAGUGUUGAUUUGUAGUCUUGUCGUCGAGCCAACUGUUUACGACGCCGAGAAUUCACAUUCACUGGCGCUUCCGUACUGAGACAUGCGCCGUACCGUGCCGACGGGCUGGCCCCCAGAGCGGAGACCCGACGUAACUGAUGGGCAACAAACAAGGACGGAUGGCCGUUUCGGGCCAAAGACAAGCAUGAAGGGUAGCUGGACUAAAACCGGUCAUUCCGAACGGAAAGUUGGGUUGUGGACUCGCGGCUGCGUCUGUUUGUGUUGUGUGCCACGGUGGUUGGCGCAGCAUUGAUGUAUGUGUUGUACACCAGCUUCUGUUCCAAGACAUAGGUCUCAGAUAUCUCGAGGCGAGGAUGGGAUUUGUAUUCGUCAAGUUUGCCUGUCAGUAAGAGUUCUAUCAAGUUAUUGGCGGGCAACUUGGCCAGCUGGUGCGUGCCGGUUCCUGGCGGCCUGCAUUAGCUGGUCUUGCUGUACCUACCUACUAGAGGCGUGUUACGAGUCAUUUUCAGGGGCAGUUAUUAUCCCGAAAUCACGAUUUCUCCUCUUCAUCCACGAUUCAUGGUUCUACUACCGUUUGACGUGCCACUGCAUCUACUUUCGAUGUUGGAUACGAUGUGUGUUAUUAAGAAACUACUACACCAGUGAAACAUUUCACUCACUUUCGAAAGCCCCGGAAUAGGACACUGUAUGUUGAGUUGUACAGCACUUUCGUGUCUGAGACACCAAACAGAAAAUCCAUCCUCGUCGUCACUUACCACCCUUACAAAACGCACAUAUCUAUAUGUCAGUAGUGACUUUUGCUGAUCAUGCUUCUAAAAACAAACAGAAAACGAUGUCCCCACCGGUAACAUCCAAGUUUGAAGUUACCCUGCCUACCGCUUCUGUACGAGCUCAUCAUCUUGCAGCUCUCAUGAGUUCAGAAGCUGUAGCUAAGACAUUGUCCCAAAGUUGCCAUGAGUUUAAUCUCUGUUGAUCAAACAAACAUUGCUUAGCCAUCUAUAAAGUAAGAUAGAUUGUCUUCUAGAAAACGCCUUGCUCCUCCAUACUGGUCCAUAACCACCCCACUUCCCCACUACCACCCACUAUGCUCUUCUCAAAGAGUCUCGUUGCCCUCGCGGCAUGCUUCCUGCCCCUCAUCGUCAGUGCUACUGAGCUGAAGCUCCGAAAUUCCGCUGCUACGAAUGUCGCCGCAGACAGCUAUAUUGUCGUCUAUAAGGACAUUGACGACUCGACCUUCGAGUCUGAGAUGUUUAAUGUUCAUUCAUUCCUGAGCAAGCGUGACUCGACCUUCAGGGGGGUGGGCCACAAAUAUAAGAUGCCGAAGUUCAAGGGCUACCAGAUCGAGAGUGAUAUGGACACCGUCAACAGGAUAUCACAAUCACCCCAUGUGGCUUAUGUCGACAAGGAUGUGAAAGUCUCUGCCUACGACCUGUCCGUUCGCAUCGGCGCGCCAUGGGGACUUGACCGUAUUUCUCAUCGCAACGGGACUUCUCCAGGUCUCGAAGAAUAUACAUAUGAUUCAAGCGCAGGAGAAGGAACCACCAUCUAUAUUAUCGACACUGGUGUCUACAUCGAACACGUCGAAUUUGAAGGCCGGGCCACAUUUGGCGCUAACUUCAUCCCCGAUUCACCCGAUACUGAUGAGGAUGGACAUGGCACUCAUGUUGCCGGUAUCGCCGCUGGAGCCAGCUUUGGUGUUGCUAGCAAGGCCAAGAUUAUCGCCGUCAGAGUCCUUGAUGCGAAUGGAGACGGCAAGGGUUCCGACGUCCUCGCAGGUAUGCAAUGGGCCGCAGAGGACGCCGGAAAGAAGAAUCAGACUGCGAAGGCAGUCAUCAACAUGUCCCUGGGUGCGGAUUACUCGGAAGCCUUCAACAAGGCCACCGGGGCCAUCAUCGCUAAGGGCAUUGUCGUCGUCGCCGCCGCCGGAAACGAAGAUGCCAAUGCCUCCGGCGUCUCCCCUGCGUCUACUGUGGACGCCAUCACCGUUGGUGCAACAAACCGGAAUGACACUCGCGCCGAGUUCUCGAACUGGGGCGUAGCUCUUGACGUCUUUGCCCCGGGUGUUGACAUUCUCUCCGCCUGGAUCGGCGGCAAAGAUGCCACCAAAACCAUAUCGGGGACCAGCAUGGCCUGCCCUCACGUCGCGGGUCUCGCAGCCUAUUUUAUUGGCCUGGAGAAGAACGGAACCAGCACGCCGGCUAAGAUCGCUGCCAAGAUCAAGGGGGUUGCUACCAAGGAAGUUGUGCUUGAUCCGAAGAACAGCCUUAACAACCUGGCUUAUAACGACGAUGGGUACUAAGCUAGUUGUUGAUGAGAGGCGUGUGGCCUGGGGCGCCAUAAGCUUGUAUUGACAUUCAACUCUUGCUGCAAUUAGAUACAGGGCCUUCUUGCAUAAUUUGCCAUAUAGCUUCGAGAUACCAAUAAUAUGCUUCUUGCUAUUUUUAAACUUUUCCGUCUUUAAGAAUAAGAUCUCGCUUCUCAAGAUCCGAGUUGAGCAGCACCGACUCAUACCAUACUUCUAAUGUCGGAAAGAUAGUUAUUAAUACCAUCACGGCGAAUGUGGCCUUGUCCAUGUUAAAAUUGGUACAUAAUGUAGGCAGUAGACUUACAUUUAGAAUUCGAUUCUGAUUCUUCUCAA